AUCUGGAUCCCUUUUCUACACUGACAUUCUGUACUCGUGAAGGUUUGCGAGCGAAGUGAUUGAAACAUGGAGCGUAUUUUCGCAUCUCCCUUCACUGUUUUGGAAUGUCCGAACUUGAAACUAAAGUGGCCAACAUGGCUACACACACCUUCAGCAAUGACAGUUUAUGCUAUCGUUCUUAGCUCAUAUUUUCUUGUGACAGGAGGUUUAAUUUAUGACGUCAUUGUGGAACCUCCGAGUGUUGGUUCAACAACAGAUGAAAAUGGACAUCAAAAACCAGUUGCCUUCAUGCCAUACCGAGUGAAUGGCCAAUACAUCAUGGAAGGCCUUGCAUCGAGUUUCCUUUUUACCAUCGGCGGCCUUGGAUUUGUGGUUCUAGAUAAAUCUAAUGGACCCAUGUUACCCAAACUCAAUCGCUUCCUGCUCUUGUUUGUUGGCUUCGUUUGUAUCCUUGUGUCAUUCUUCAUGUGCAGAGUCUUCAUGAGGAUGAAGCUUCCAGGCUACUUGCAGGGUUAAACUGGGACAAAGCUGUGGUUACUCCUUCAUCAUGCACAACUACUACAGUCAAUUAAUCAUCUCUGAUGCAAACUAGAAUAAAACAUUCUCCCAGAAGAACCUUCCUUUUUAAAGGAGUUCUUUCAACUGUCAAAUUUAAGUAUUUGUUAAAUACAAGAGCAAUAAAUGAAGUAAGAUUGGAACAUGAAAAAAAUGAAUAAAUGUAAUUAUUUUUAUUCAAAUUACCUUUGGAAUGACUUGUUAUCAGUGCCAUGCAAAAUUGGUUAAAACAAGGCAUGAUAUUAUUAAGUCUGAUUUCAGAUUAUUCUGCCUUUGGAAAAAUCAGAAAAACUGUGAUUAAAUAGUCUGAAGAUUGUAUUGCCCCACAUAUAAUACCUUAUGAAGAAAACGGUUUGUAAGUUCAAGAAGCAUUUGGUUCUGUACCAAGAAUAAUUGCUGAUGUUUUUUCAUUUUCCAGAGAAAAGUCUGCACCUUCAAUUUAAAAUUUUGCUGUACUAUUUAACACAAUUUUAUUCUACUGAUUUGUAAAAUGGAAUCUUUGGGGAAAUUGUUCAUUAUUGUCUGUUUAUGUACAUGUACCAAACCUACUUUUAUGCCGUUUUAGAAUAAAAUUGAGUCAGACUUUAUGUACAUUAA